ACACCUAUCUUCACGUUGUAAAACGUCAGAAAAUUGAGAAACAUGUAAAUAAUGUUGAUCGAAUAUAAAAGCGUAUCUCUAAUCUUUUUAUUUUUUGUUACGUUUUAGUAAAUUAAUAGAAUCUUAACAUUUUUAUGCUUAAAUAUAUUAAUGACUUAUGUGGUGCUUAUAAAUAUUUUCAUAUCUCGUUUAUGUAGCAAUCAUAUUACAUCUAUCAUUCUCUCUCUAUCCAGUCAUCCAAUCAUAAUUAAUAUAUGUAUGUACAUCAUCAGUUAUCCAACUGUAAAAAAAAACCCGGUACGCAUUAAUUCCGAUAAAAGAAAUUUAUAUGAAAAGAUUAAGAUACAUAAAAUUGUGAAUUUUCAUUAAGUGUAUGAUGCAAAAAUUAAAAUUUAUUGUCUUAUUUAUAUUGUUGACAUUUGACGUAUGACAUAAAUUAAGCUUAUAUCUAAUGUUAUAAAAAAAAAAAAGUGUACAGUUUAAUCAUAUAUUUACAUUCGGGAGGAAUAUUUGAAAAAGUCAUCCUAAGAAUUUACAUAAAAAUAAAUUAUGUUGUAUAAUCGAGGUUAUGCAUUAUUUUUGUCUACAGGUCGAAUAUAAAAUAAAGAAGAGAGACAGUAAGAAAGCAAAAAUCAUAACUAAGUAAACAAAAAUGAAAUUUUCAACUUCUCCUCCUACAAGUCGUUGUACAUCUCCAAUUUUAGUAGAUGUAGGAUCAACGUUACCAACGCCUGUUACAUAUAGGCAUAAUUGUAUCAGUGCUGCAACAAAAUGUUAUAAAUAUUUGAGGAAGUUAUUAAAAUUUGAACAAAUGGAUUUUGAGUUUGCAUUAUGGCAAAUGAUAUUUUUAUUUACAGCACCACAAAAAGUUUAUAGAAAUUUUCAAAGUAGAAAACAAACAAAAUCACAAUUUGCAAGAGAUGAUCCAGCAUUUUUAGUAUUAUUAACAUGUUGGCUUUGUAUUUCUGCAGUUGGUAUUGCCGUAGUUUUGGGAUUAGGAUUUUUCCAAUUUAUAAGACUUUUACUUUAUAUGAUUUUUGUUGAUUAUAUUGUUGUUGGUUUAAUAGUAGCCACUGUUUUUUGGUUUAUAACUAAUCGAUAUUUAAGAAUUGAUAAAAGUCAAGAUGUCGAAUGGGGAUAUGCAUUUGACAUUCAUUUGAAUGCUUUUUUUCCACCUUUAAUAAUACUUCACAUUCUACAACUUUUUAUAUAUAACGGCCUCAUAAAUACAAAUGUCUUUGGUGGACGAUUUGUUGGGAAUACACUUUGGUUUAUAUCUGUUGCAUAUUAUAUAUAUAUCACGUUUUUGGGCUAUACAAGUGUUGAAAUACUUCAUAAAACACAUAUCAUUUUUUCUGCUCUACCAAUAAUGCUGUUAAUAUAUAUAAUUACAUUAUGUUCUGGAAUCAAUAUCAGUCGUUUGAUUAUGGAUUUUUAUCACUAUAGAGUUAAUUAAAUAUAUUAUGUAUAUAUAUAUAUAUAUAAGACAAUUUAUUGUGAAAAUAUUUAAAUU